AUGCUCGAAAUUCGCGAUACCCAAUCGGGACAACUCGGAUAUUAUGAAGCUGGCAGCCGUCCCUCUCACAUAGACAAGCUGUUUCUGCCGCGGGCUUGGGCGACCGAUGGGUCAGUGCGCGCCGGGACCAAACUUUCGAACCGCACGCGCAUACUGUAUCUACUGGGUGACUUCAGUGGCGGCCGGGAGGCGCCACAAGGCUUGAGCGGCAGGGCGUUAUGA